UGGGGCCCGGGCCCGGGCGCGGCGGCCGCCCGUGGGGAAGCAGUCCGGGGCGGAGGAAGCUGUGCGUCCGGGCCCUCCCGCCCGCCAUGGAGGGCAUGGACGUGGACCUGGACCCCGAGCUCAUGCAGAAGUUCAGCUGCCUGGGCACCACGGACAAGGACGUGCUCAUCUCCGAGUUCCAGCGGCUACUCGGCUUCCAGCUCAACCCGGCCGGCUGCGCCUUCUUCCUGGACAUGACCAACUGGAACUUACAAGCAGCAAUUGGCGCCUAUUAUGACUUUGAGAGCCCAAAUAUCAGCGUGCCCUCCAUGUCCUUUGUUGAAGACGUCACCAUAGGAGAAGGCGAGUCUAUUCCUCCUGAUACUCAGUUUAUAAAAACAUGGCGGAUCCAGAAUUCUGGGGCAGAGGCCUGGCCUCCAGGGGUUUGUCUUAAAUAUGUCGGGGGAGACCAGUUUGGACAUGUGAACAUGGUGAUGGUGAGAUCACUAGAGCCCCAAGAGAUUGCAGAUGUCAGCGUCCAGAUGUGCAGCCCCAGCAGAGCAGGAAUGUACCAGGGACAGUGGCGGAUGUGCACUGCCACGGGACUCUACUACGGAGAUGUCAUCUGGGUGAUUCUCAGUGUGGAGGUGGGUGGACUUUUAGGAGUAACGCAACAGCUGUCAUCUUUUGAAACGGAAUUCAACACACAGCCACAUCGCAAGGUAGAAGGAAACUUCAACCCGUUUGCCUCUCCCCAAAAGAACCGACAAUCAGAUGAAAACAACUUAAAAGACCCUGGGGGUUCCGGGUUCGACUCGAUCAGCAAAAACACAUGGGCUCCUGCUCCUGACCAAACCGAGCAAGAUCAGGAGAGACUGUCACAGAACUCUGUAACUCUGUCCCCCAGCAGUCACGCAAACAACUUAUCAGUAGUGACUUACAGUAAGGGGCUCCACGGGCCUUAUCCCUUCGGCCAGUCUUAAACGGGUGUCAGCAAGAAGAAAAAUUAACAAAAGACAGAAGGCCUGACUUUGGGGGGAGAGGGCAGGGGGUUCCUCUGGACUGCAGAGCACAUCGCACGGACCCCUGGCUCAGACCCCCACCCACCCCCCCAAUCC